UCAACACCAACUUCCAUUGAUUCCUUCUGUAAAAUUAUGGCACCGACUGUUGCUCAAGGGCUUGUUCUACUCGUUGCUGCAGCUUCAAUGUUGACAGUAGCCACGGCUAACGGGGGCUGGUCCAAUGGCUACAACUACACUUUCUUUCCUCCCAUUCCUAAGAAUGGCUCCCAUAACAAAAACCAUCCUAACAUUAUCAGAGUGGGUGGCUCCGAUAACUGGCACUUCGGCUUCAACUACAGCGUCUGGGCUUUCCAAAAUUCUCCCUUCUACGUUAAUGACACUCUUGUUUUCAAGUAUGAUCCUCCGAGAGCAAACGUUUUUCCUCACAGUGUUUACUUGCUGCCAAAUCUUUGGAGUUAUUUAUCGUGCGACCUCUCGAAGGCCAAAAUGAUUGCAAACUCCACCCAAGGCGGCGGCGAGGGGUUCAAGUUUGUUCUGAAGAAGUGGCAGCCUUACUACUUUGCUUGCGGUGAACGUGGUGGCCUCCAUUGCAGAGACGGCAACAUGAAGUUUAUGGUUAUGCCGCUGCUCCGCCGUUGGAAUUACUAGUGAUCUUCUCAAAAACGAUAAUAAUACAAGGCAAACCCAAAGGAUAUACUUUUGUCUUCUUUUUGGACGUCUUAUUAAAAUUUUUUA